AUGACCCAAUCAUUACCUUCCUUCCUCAUCCUCGUAGCUACUUUACUCGACUCCCUUCCUCCUUCUCUUCCUGUCUCAGAUACACUCUUACUCCAGCUCCACGCGAUAUUUGGUCCGAUGCUGUUAUCGGCUUUACAGCUGGUCGACAAACGAGAAGUCGUGAGGGUCUCUCUACCUUCUGAUCGAUAUGUUUACCAGGUCGCCUCUUCGUCCGGUAAAAACUAUACAAUCCACCUCAACCCUCCUCCCCCAACAACCAAUCUCAUACCUGACAUUCCAUCUCCUCAACCAACGGCAACACCGCUCAAAGAAGAACCGGACCUUCUUCCUGCUGCAUCAAUGGGAGAGAGCAUUCCUCGUACGCCAUCACCUCCAGGAUCACAGAUACAUACUUUCAAUCCGCUUCUAUCGUCACCAGCUCAGCAGCCUCUUACACCUUCACCUGCUUCCCCUUAUGUAGAGGAGGAAGAUCUGGAAUCAACCUCAAAGCAUAUGACUAGCCAGAAAGAUAUGCUCCGCAAAGAACGGAUCACAAGAUUAGCAAAUGAUCUGAAGAGCAUGUAUUGUCCAUGUGCAGGCUGGAGUUAUGGUUGUUUAGCUGGCGAAAAGACGGUUUUAUGCAAACACCUGUUAGCGAUCAUCAUAGCUAGCAAGACCGGUAGAGAGGUCAGAGCUGAUGUUGAUUUGAGGGGAGCAGCUGGUCUGUUGGGUCUGUCGUGA